UCUUCUGCUCAAAAGAAGUUGCGUUGUUAACGAGCCAGUAGCCCAGUGUGCUAUGCGCCCUUUGCGUGUGAUUUAGCCAUCUGCACUUGUGAACAGGUGGGACACUCAAGAAAAUACCAUGUUAUUGACGUACCUCCCCUAGCUCGGAGUUAACCAGCAAUCUGUCGUCAAUGCUCGUUGAAUUUUCAGUGACUGAAGUGUUACUGAAUUUCUGUACUAAACAUGUGGAGGGGGAGUGGGGUCUAGCACGUCCCAGCCUCGUCUCCACUCCCUCAACCCGCUUCACCCCUUAUCAACGAAUACCAAUGAGGUUUCGAGAGAAUAGACUUCAAUUAUACCAUGAUUACACUCUGAACAGUCGGCUACAAAGAAGAUUGUCAGUCUGACGCAAAUUUCAAAGCUCUUUCCAUGUAUUACAGUGUUACUUCACAGUUUAGUUAUCAAAUCAAAUGGUCAGAGGCAAUGUAGCGUGAUGGAAUGUGUGUUAUAGCAACCACAAGCUGUGUACAGAAAAACAAAUGAGCUGCGUGUCAACUGGUCAUACAGACACAUUUGCAAUUCACACUUGCAAGAGAAGUUCGGUCGGAUCUAAUAAAAGAGUUAAUAAUCGGUUUACUUGGAAUACUUCUCCUGAAAAAUGUCCGAGGAAAGCGAGUUGUCUGAGUUAAAAAGAGACCAAACAACUCAAGAUUUUGUGACGGGCUUAAAGGAAAGAGAGGAUCUGAAGAUUAAACUCCGAGAAAAAGAGAGAGAAUGUAACACACUUAAAGGACAGAUAUAUGACAUGACCAAGAAAGUAGAGGAUUUGGAAAAGCAACUGGCCGAAAAGAAUAAGAGGGUGGAAGGAGAAGAAAAGAUCACAAAAUGGAGGAAAAUUUGAGAAGAUUGUCGCACUGCUUAAACCAGGCAAGCAAAGUAGUACAACAACUGGCUAGUGCUACUAGCAAUUCUACCAGCAAUUCUGCUAGCAACUCCGUUCAGACCAUGGUAAGCACAAGCGGAGGGAUGACAUCAGUUAGUCAAGCUGUCAGUAGAGCGUGGGCAAUGAUGUACCAGUAGACCUCCAGAGGUUUGUACUCAUGUUUAGGUGCUCGAGAACACCUUCGAGCCUCCUUGUCGACUAGCUCUACACCUAGUAAUUCAAAGAGGCCAAAGGUUGACAAAGAUAAAGUGUUUGAAUUUGUUUUGAUGCGUUUCAAUGAUGAGAACAACAAGGAUCUUAAACCUGAAAAUUGGAUGUUAACCGAUGAAAACAUUGUCUUGAGAGGUCUCGUAACUCUUAAUUCACAAGCUAACGAGCUGGCCGUGAGAAAAGCCCUUUGUGAUACAAUUCAGUUAAAAUAUCCUGCUGUGGGAUGCCAGGACAUUGUGUUCGUAAAGGCCAAUAAGAGAAAACUUACUGAACCAGUAAAUUGUGAUGAGUACUCUUUUAAACAAGUUAAAUCUCCUGCGGGACAAGGGGCCAUCUACAUAAAAUUGAAAGAUGGGUACAGUUUUCUACUUGAUAAUGGUAGCUGCGAUGGUGACGAUGUUGGUGAAAGCAGCCAAGUAGUGACCAAAAACAUUCCAGACAACAAUGCUGAGAGAAGACCUGUACCCCCAUCCCCAGAGACAACUGUAGUCAACCAGGCAAGUGGCAAUAAUCAUCUGAAUACUGCAGUGAGUACUGAUAAUCUAGGAACAGCUACAGCAGAAUGUAUAAGAUUUUGCAAAGAAAGAGAUGUGAGCAAUCCCAUUGAGAUACUCAAGUGUGCUCAGAAGUUCAUCUUGCAGGGUUGUCCCUUGGAUGUGACCUCUCUUUCACAGCCACUUGAGGGUGAAACUAAUUUUGUGUGUAUAGACCAAUACCAGGUUUUAAAAUUGGUUGAAGAAGAACUUAACGACAUUGAAAAUCCAAGGCUCACUCUUGAAGUCUCCUUCCAUGGAGAAGCUACCAAUGAUGCAGGGGGUCCCAGGAAAGAAUUUUUUCAUCUUUGCCUGAAAGAAAUAAAGGACAAGUAUUUUGGCAAUGGACCAAAUGACCUCAUUGCAGAAGAAUCUGAGUUUGUGGGAACCUUUUGGCCUUGACCAUUCUUCAAAAUGGGCCAGUACCCUGGUUUGUUCUUGAAGAAAUUCUCCAACAGAUUUUUUCAGAUGCUCCUCCAGGGUCUUGCAUUGCAGAGCUUCAAAUGGGAUUCAUGAAACUUGGUCUUUAUGAAGUUGCCAAAAGUCUUCCAUUGUUUCUUCACCUUGUGUGCCCAAAUGAUGCAAAUCAACUCUCCAGAAAACAGCUGGUUUUUCUUCUCAAACCAUCAUUCUCUGAGGAAGGAACAAAUGCAUGCAAGUAUGAAAAUGAUGUUUAUGCUUUAUUCACAAAGUAUGUGCAAGAAAGUGCAUGCGGUAGAUGCGGUUCAGUCACCCUUGGGAGCAUUCUACAGUUUGCAACUGGGCUGGAUGAAGAACCACCCUUGGGUUUGAAUUACAACCUUGCAUUCAGUUUGUUGCUGCCCCUCAAAAUAAUAAGUGGUCCUUUAUUCCAACAGCUAAUACAUGUAGUGCAACACUGUUUCUACCUAAGUGGUCUUAUGACCUUCCUUUGCCAACUGAAGAGGAGCUGUUUGAAGUUUACUUUGCUUUUUCUGAAAGUGAAGAAUGAUCAUCGCAGUUAAUUUUCCAAUUUAAGCAAUUGGAAAGAA